ACUUUUCGUGUCACCAUCGGCAGGUCAUCGGUUGGACGCGCACCGAGACGUCCUGUCAAUUUUGUGUAAUCAGAAAACAGCUGAUCAAAGUUAUUCGAAUGUGAAUAAUGAAAACUUAGAGAAUUACGAAUUUCGUGGAAUUUCAAAAAUUGAAUGAAGGAUUUCCCUUGUAAAUAUUUUUUUUGUCCGUCUUCUAAUACGUCUUUAAAGAAUUCCACGCAGAUACAAAUCGAUGUUUGCACCGCAAAGAGCGUCGUAAGGAGGGGCUACAUUAAAUGUCCACAUUAAUUAUCAGUACAAAUCAUACAAUUUUUAUAAAUACAAAAUGUUAACAUUAGAAGAUCCAGAAUGUAAAGAUUUUUCAAAAAAUGCAAUGGAAGAUGAAGAAACUAAUGAAACAAGAAAUGAUGGUGAAAGUUAUGAAAGAGAUAGUUAUUUAGUAAAUGGAGAAAUAUUAAGAACAGCACUUCUCUCUGCAGAUGAUGAUGAUAUUGAAUCUCAGGAAGAUGAUGUAUCCUCUGAACUCUUGUCAAUUGAAAAUGAUUCUGAAGUUACUAGUGAAAGUACUAUUAGUGAUUGGGAUGAUUUAAGAGCUGACUCACCUUUAUCAUAUGUUACUUCUGUACCUAAUAAUAAAGAGUUUAUAAUAAUAACACAAUUAGAAUCAGACAAUGCAUUAAUGACAAAAAAAUUAAAUAACGAAUGCUCUUUGAAUAACAAGAAAUCUAAAGUUCGACAUAGUUCAAAACGACGUAAUAAAAUGCUAUUACUAAGAAAACUUAUACCCAAACAUGAACCAAUAGUUGAAAUAAAAGAGGAAGAACAUUCAAUCAUUUCUACUGAUAUAGAUGAACGUGUGCCAACCAUGGAAGAAAUAGAUUAUGAAGAGUCUUCUAUGGAUCAAAAUAUUUUAGAUUCCAAAGAUCAUACUGACUGGCUACAAACCUUAAGACCUUUGCCAUUAUAUUAUACAGAAAGAGGUAAACCUUAUCUGAAAUGUCCAGCAUGUGGUGCACUGUUUUUUACUCCAAAUUCAUUCCAAAAACAUUUAUAUUCUCAUAUGUAUAAGGAAGAUGAUACUUUUAUAUGUUCCUUUUGUAAUUAUACAAAUACUGAGCCUGGUAUGUUAUUCACUCAUUUAUCUAAACAUCAAGACCAAUGUGAAUUUUGUAAUGAAAAUUUAAUGCGUAAGAAUAAUUUUGAAAAACACUGGGAUAUAAGAACAUCAAACUUUAGUAUGAAAAGAGAUCGUCGCGGAAGAUUCGUGUGUACUCUCUGCAAACUAGUAUUUGAUUUAUUACCACAAUUAGAAAAACAUUGGUUUAAACAUGCAUGUAGAAGGGAAAGAAAUUAUCAGUGUAAGGAAUGUAGUGGAUUAUAUGAAAGCAUAGAAACACUAAAUAAUCAUAAAUGCAUGAAGUGUCCUGUUUGUGGUAAAAUUUAUGAUAGUUUACAUCGAUUAAAAGCACAUACUAUAUGGACAAAGCAUAAUUUAAAGUGUCCAAUUUGUUCUUACGAAUUUAUUCUUGCUAUGGACCAUGAAAAACAUUUAGCAUUACAUAGACAAACAUAUAGUUCUAUGAAAGAUUAUGAAUAUUGCUUACAAGCAGCAGAUGGCAAGACAUUCCAGUGCAAUCUUUGUGACAAAUUAUUUUAUGCCUUACCUUCUUUAGUUUUACAUCUUCAGGAAGAUCAUAAUGUUGAAAAUGUUAAAAAGGAAGUAUUAAAGGAUGGUUGUAAUGGAGAACAAAAGGAAGAAUCCAUUAGUGAUAUAAUACUCAGUGAAUUAAAAAAUAAAUCUGCAAAUUAUACUAAUGGAAACAAUAAUGUAACCUUAGCAAACAAUAAAAUUAAUUUGCAAAACGCGCUAUGAAUAUAAGGUAACAUUGUAAUUUUACGGGAAUAAAAAUAAACCAUAAAAGCUGUCGCUAAAAAUUACUCGUAAUAAUGAAACUCGUGCCGUUGCUAUAAAUCACUCUGUAGCAUAUAUUAAACACAAUUAAAUAUGACUGGCAAUAAAUAACUUAUAAAUUAGAUAGAUAAGUACAUUCGAUCAUAUCUGAUCAAAAAGUUCUAAAAUAAACUGUAUUCCAGUUUUACCUCUCUCUUUAAGAACAAAUAUAUAUCUGUAUAUUUUUUUAGCAAUCAUGUAAAAUACAAAAUCAUCUCUUUCACCUGUUCAAAAUACAAAUAUCGUCGUAAAAUAAAUAAAAUUAUUUUAACAAAUAUUAUAAUUAAGAACUUCGUAUGUAAUUCCUAAAUAAUAGAACUUUUUUGAUCAGAUAAUAAAGGUAAUUUUUUAGCAGUUUAUUAAAAUAAUAUAAUCACGUCAUAAAUUUUCUGUGUUUUAUAUUAGAGGAAAAUGUAAUAUUAAGUUAUCGUGACAUUUAUAUUUGGCUGUAUCAUGUCUGCCCCAAUAUAUUGAAAAAAGCAAUACACAGAGCUAUCAGUCCUGCUGUAGCCAUUUCUAAUUAAUUAAUGAUUAUUCUAUUUUAUUAUCUUUUGUUAUACGCAUGAUUGAAUUGAUUUAUAUAAUUUUAUUUAAAUACAUUGAUAUAUUUUUCUCAUAUACGUGUAUAUUUUUCUCAUAUAUAGUUACCAUUCACAUAAGCAUCUGCUUUUAAUUCUUUUUAAAUAUAAUCGCAUAAAAUUUCGGGGGUAAACAUGAUACAAUGCAACAUUUUAUGGCUGAGAAGUAUCUGGAACUCGCUGUUUGUCUUAUUUUUAUGCAUAUUGUUAAAAUUCGAUACAAUUAUCGAUAAAUUUUACGGCAUAUUAAUCGUUUAUAAGUCUGAUUUUUGUAGGCCUGUGUAAUAUCGCACAAUAGCUUACAUAAAGAAUUAGAUCUCUUAACUAUCUCAUUUGAAAAAUAAAUAUUCAUGAAUAGUAACAUUUUGUUUGUACAUGUUAUUUUUCUAUUUUUUUUUUUUUAUUCAAAGCU